AUCGCUUUUCAUCCCAACAGUACUCCUAUAUAUGCAUAUAUAUAUAUAAUAUAUAUAUAUACACACACUACUACUCCACUAUUCUCACAUCCACAUCAAAUCUUUCUCCAUUAUUCCACUUAACUCCUCUUCCUUCUUCCCUAGAUAUUAUACAUACACACUCUCAAAUUUGGGUGGUUCAGUCAGCUUCCCUCCAAUUCAUACAGUGAUUAAACCAUGGGACCCAUGACGCUUCCUCCAGGAUUCCGGUUCCAUCCCACGGAUGAGGAGCUCGUGGCCUACUAUCUUGAUCGGAAAAUCAACGGCGGGAUCAUCGAGCUUGAAGUCAUCCCUGAGGUUGAUCUCUACAAAUGUGAACCCUGGGAUUUACCUGAUAAGUCUUUCUUGCCUAGCAAAGACAUGGAGUGGUACUUCUACAGUCCCCGGGACCGGAAGUACCCGAACGGGUCGAGGACGAAUCGCGCUACCCGGUCGGGUUACUGGAAGGCGACGGGGAAAGAUCGUGCGGUGCACUCGCAGAAGCGGUCGGUCGGCAUGAAGAAAACAUUGGUGUAUUACAGAGGGAGAGCGCCUCAUGGGAUUAGAACCGAUUGGGUAAUGCACGAGUAUCGCCUCAUUGAAUCCGCAUCAGCCACCACUGCAGGAUCAUCUCUCAAGGAUUCUUACGCACUGUGCCGUGUUUUCAAGAAGAACAUAGUCCUACCCAAGACCAGCAGACAACAGUCAGUUGGUGCAACUGUUGAUCAACUCUUGUGGGACGACAACAUUGGCGCCACACCCGAGACGUCCCGAGACCAGCGAGAAGAUGCGGACGAAGACAAUAUCAUAAAACACCCCGAAGUUUGUUCCAAGAACCCGUCUGAGGCAUCUUCAUCAGAUCUCACACAAGGAACACCCAUCGCCGUGGGUUCAAAAGACGAUUCACCUGCUCAAAUCACAUCCGAUGAAGUCAACAGUUCAAUCGAUCAAUUUUAUUGUUACGGCACUGACAUCAAUUUAUCAAAUUUCAUUCAGGAUUACAGUGGUCUAUUUUACGAAACCUUGUAUCCGCCGCUAUCCUUGGACGAUUUCCCGCAAGUGGAUCUAAUAGAGGCAAAAUCUAACAACGAAUACGUGGCUUCCGACAGAUUGAGGGAGUGUUUGAAUGGGAUAACAACGUUAGAAGAGAUCUACUCUCAAUGUUCUUCCCACGAGAAUAUCAACUACCACAGUACUUAUAAUGCAGGAUCCAACUGACUACCUUCAAACUAAAUAUACGAGCACACAUAUAUUAAUCCGAAAUUGACAUGUUGGGGGUGUUUAAUUAUAUAAAUUAUUUAACUUUUUUUGCUUCUUUUUAUAUAUACUUGUAAUGAGAUUGAAGCGGCAAGAAUAUUAUUUUUGCUAAUGCUGAGUUUUUUUUUGUCUUUUCUUUUUUUGUUUUGGGCUAGAACUAAAGUAAUUAAGGUGAUUUAAUAUUUUUUUCUGUAAUUUUUGUUGGUAAGUC